AUGGAUGGUGUUUUGUUAUUGCUCAUUGGGCUUGUUUUCCUCCUCACCUCGAUUUCCUGCCUCGCCGUCAACAAAAAGCAACGUGAUGUCGUGCUUGACCGAUUACACAUCCGACGCAGGCGUGCGUCUGGCGCCAGAACACCACCUCGUUCUCUAUCGCCUGGCAAGAAGAUUCCAGCGGCAGCAGCAGCCGUUUCGCCAACCUACCAAGAUAUCUUUCCACCGUCUCGCCGUGCUGCACUGGCGGAGAUCGAGACCGACUUGCCGACUAUACUGAAUAAGCCGCUUAGCGAGCUCGUGACGCCGCCUGCCAAGUCACGAAUUGCGUGUAUACCCUUAGAUGUCGAUCUGAAGAACCUAGAAUCUACUUGCUAUACGGCUACCGAGUUCUCGAACGAAGAAAUCAAUGCACUCGGCGACUUUCCAGACUAUGCAGGUCUUAGUGGUAUACCCUUACCUGAGCCGUAUACUACUUUCGACAUUACCAAAGCACAGCCAAGACCAUAUAGACCACUACGAUGGUCAUACCAUCAGACUAUGUCACUCACGAAGCUGGAGCCGGACUGGUGGCUUGAGCUCGAAAGCACCUACGUAAAGCGGAUCCAGCAGCGACAAGGACUCUACGCAAAGUACGGCGAUCAUGUUCUCGACCAUCUACCAGGCUCAGAGCUCGCCUGCAAGGAAUUAAUGGAGAUGUGCGUGCAGUUUCUCUGCGCGCGCUAUCCACAAUACUUCCGCCUGGACAGGGAGAACAUGACCUUCCAUAACGACAUCUUGCACACUUACACGGACCUGAAGAAAACGCAUCCACUGCACGUGCUGCUCAACAACGUGCCGGAGGACUUUGCCAUUAUGCUCCGUAACCCGGAAACUGGAUUCUACCACUUCCGUGCCGGCGUCAUCUGCAGCUCUCUGGGGUGGGAUCUCGGCACGAAGAUGGGCCUGCGGCUUCAUGAGAUCCAUGCACCAAUACCAGACUACAAGGAGAAGAUGCAGUUCUCGAUGGACAGAUACUUCGCCAAAAAGCCUACCGACAAGGCAAUCCAGCGCGGCUCCUGGGGUCUCGAGAUCGACGAGCCCCUCUACAUGCCCCCGGGCGACCCGCAUACGGACCAUCGCGAUGUUCAACACGCGGACCUGGACCUCUCGCGCAUCCAUCUGCGCGUCGACUGGCAGACGCUCCGCCGCCUACCGCUGUCCGGCGCCAUCAUCUUCAACUUCAAGGCGCUGUUCACGCCGGUAGAGAAGUUCAGGGAGGAGCCGUACAUCCCCGCGCUGCUCCUCAAGGUGCUCCGCGAGGGCAAGAAGAGCAUCAUGGAGUACAAGAGCACGUGGCAUACGGAGCAUGUGGUCAUUCCGGCAAUGGAGGAGUUUGCGAAGGAGCAGAUUGAGAAGGGGUGGGUGCCUGCGGAUUGGGAACCGCAUACUCUGGAGGAGAGUCCGUGGUUUCCGGGCUGGGAGGAGAAGUGGCGGAGGGAGCAGGACUUUUAG